CUAAAACAUAACACAGUGCAACCAAACCAAACCAACCACCCACAGAUAACAGUAUAUACAAGCAAGCGUCGUCAGGCAGGCCGGGUCAAUAUCAAUAGGGCAGGUAGGUACAGGGGGAGCAAGCAGAGAAUGGUCGGGGUCACAGGCCAGGUUCAGCAGGUAGCAAGCAGCGUAGUACAGAGGGUCAAGCAGAGAGAUGGUCAGGGUCACAAGCCAGGGAUCAGGACAGGAGAAGUCAGCAGAGGUCAGGAUCAGGCAGGGUCGGCAACAAGUCAGGCAGGAACAGGAAUACAGGAAUGCAGGUUACAAGGUACAGGGGCCCAUGGAAAAACACACACCAAGGCACAGACUGCAGGUCUGGCCAUCCCUUAAAUACACCACCUGCAAUCAGCCCCAGGUGAUGGCUAAUUGCCAAAGUGAACCUCUGGUUGUUCAGAGCACCCGCUGGCCAGCCCUGGUACUGCAGCCCACAAGGCAGGUGAGUCCCACCACUAUUGGCAAGUCCAUUCCUGACACAGAUUGAACAGGAAAGGUCAUUUUUAAUAUCAUUCAAUUACAAUACUUGUGUCGCAG